AUGGUCGCACCCCUCGAGAAUACAGGUAUUCAGACGGCGAAGUAUUGCAAUGUGGCCGGUCUAGGAGUUUUGAUUUUUGACUAUUUCUUAAUGCUCAAACCUGAAAUUCGAUGGACAUGGAACAGGCGCUGGAACGUCGCUCGUGUUCUUUUCGUAAUCUUAUGCUACAUGGCCUUUGUAGCAGCCGGCAUGACUUCAUACGCUAUCCUUGCUACACGAGCGAACGAGAAUGACGACAAAUACAGUGCUCGAACUUCAGCAGGGCUUCAAAUGGUGAUCGAUAUCCUGAACAUUCAGCGUCUUGUCACUGAUUUCACUACAGCAAUUCAUAUCAUCAGUAUUGUAGCUGCUGAAGAGCAAGAAGCUUUGGCAGUCUUACUGGUCUUGGCAGCAAUUUGCAUUGCGUGUGGUGUCGGUCUCACAGAUUUUGUCGGUAGCCUACUAGUGGUGCCUGUAAACCCUUCAGACGACAAAUGUGCUUUUCAAGUUCCCCCCAUAAGCAACUGCACUUUUCAAGUGAAUCCGGGCAGUGCCAUUCAAUAUGGCUUUCUUAUAGCCUACGAACUAUUGCUGUUGUCUUUGAUGGUGUUCAAGAGAUAUAAGGACUACAGAGAUUAUAACAGUCGUCUGAUGAGAGUAGUCUUCCAGGGCGGAAUGCGGUAUAUGACUGCCAUGAUCUGUGUGGUGACCUUUUUUCAAUUUAACAUGUCCCGUGCUGAAGCGCUUGUUGCAGUCGUUUCUGUGGCCAAUAUAGUGAUCACGUCUGCGGUGCCAAUAUCAUACUAUAGCGAGAUGAUGGACUUACCACAAGUUGUCCUCCAUACUCAGCAGGACCAAAGGCCUACUUCAUUUGAUUGA